UUUCAUUCGUCUCUCAGCGUUCAGAAGAUUCGGUAGUCGCGGCGGUCGAAGCGGAACACCAGUUGUCCAAUAAGAAAGCCAAUUUGCAGCAAAAAAAAAAAAAAAGACCGGCAAUUCAAACGCACCUUGCAACUGUUUUUUCAAAGCCAAAAAAGGACUCAGGGCCACUCCCCACGACAAAAGCUUACGUGCAACGAGUCCGUGUGUGUUUUCCUGGCGCAUCGCCGCAUUUGUGUGUGUAUCCGGACAUCUCUUUUACGGUCCUUUUUGCGUGGGUGUGCCAAAAGGAAGAGAGAGUGAGAAGGCAGCAGAAAAGGGCAGAAAGGGAAAUUCCAGCACACUAAAAAGCGAGUCAACAAGGAGCGACACAAUGUCCGUUUCCUCGAACGCCUCAUCCGCCUCCAACAAGGACAGCGUGGACAGCCCCAGCAGCACCACCAACACGGACAGCUCCGAGCUGACGCACAUCCUCAAUCGGCGCCAGGAGAUCAUGGAGUCCCAGGAGGCGGGCAUCGAGGUGCGUCGCACCUACAAAGUGGUCAACGUCUACACCGACUUCCCCGAGUUCUCCCGUAACCAGAUCAAGGACUACCAGAAGACCUUCAAUACAUACGAUACGGCUCGUGAUGGCUUCUUGGACCUGCAGGAGCUGAAGUUCAUGAUGGAGAAGCUGGGCGCUCCGCAAACCCAUCUGGGACUCAAGCAGAUGAUUGCCGAGGUGGACGAGGAUAACGAUGGCAAGAUUUCAUUCCGAGAGUUCUUGCUGAUCUUCAGGAAGGCCCAGGCCGGGGAACUGGACUCCGAUUCUGGGCUGAAUCAGCUGGCCCGCCUCACGGAGGUCGAUGUGGAGCAGGUGGGAGUGAGCGGAGCCAAGAACUUCUUCGAGGCGAAAAUUGAGCAACAGCUGCGGACGAACAAGUUCCACGACGAGAUUCGGGCGGAGCAGGAGGAGCGCCGGCGAGAGGAGGAGGAGCGGGCCCAGCGGCGUCAGCAGUUCCAGCAGCGGGCAGCGAUCUUCCAGUAGAGGACUUAGGUUCGCCCUUAGUCUAGCGAGUAAUUAUCUGGCGUAGGUUAAUCGAAUGUGGAACUAAUCCCGGGAGAAGAGGAUACGCUUCGUACAAGCAUUUUUCAAGCAUCACAUACUCUAAUUAUAUUCAUACUUAUCGCCCCAUACAUAUAAAAACUCGAUUUGCUGGCAAAAACAUCUUGGGAAUUGAAUGUUAUCUUUGACUAAUGUUUGUUUUGGAUCUUUGAAGUACCCAUCACAACUUAUCAAGUAACAAAAUAUAACGUUCAAUUUCUAAUAUAUAUUUUUUUAAAACCAACCAAACUGAGCCACUCUAGCCAGGGACAUAUGCAUACAUACGUACAUUAAUAACGAUCAUACCAAAAGCGUAUUUAUAGUUAACCUUUAGUUAAGUUUAAAAUGUUUUAGAUUAAGAACUACUUUAUUGUUUGGUGUUGCGCAAAAUUUCAUUGUUGAAUUACGUUUAUCCUUGAGGGUUCUCCAAAAUGUAUGCUUUUUACUUUAUGAUUUUGUACUUUUAGUGCCAUUUUUAUGUUCUUCGUUUUAGUUUUGUUAAAAAUAAAAUUGAUAGUUAUAUUAAGCAAAUAAACUUGUGAAAUUCAACCUUCUUUGUAUAUACUAAUCCUAUGUUGGCAGUCAAUCUUAGUUUUUUGCUUGGAUCAGCCUAAAGUAAAACAAUAAGUUUCGAUUCAGUAUUUCACGUUUAAAGUUAGCGAUUUAAGCAAUACUAAUGCGUUAAAUACGAAUACACAAGAAAAUACACGUACUUUUAGAGAACGUUUACUACAAACUUAUACUGCAAUUUAAAUAAAUAAAUGUAUAUAAUACAAAAU